UGUAAUCAGGCUAUCCAACACGAUGCCAAGAUCCGUUUCCUGAUCAGAAUCACACCAAUUCACAUUUAAGCAAAAGACAAGAUAAAAUGGCCAAAACUGAUGCAAAAGUACCUGUGUGACUAACACUCAGAUUUCAGACAAGAACACCAGAUCACCAAUGGGACUGCAUUCUUUAACAGACCUGGGUGAACAAAACAGUUAUUAUCUAGAGCCAAAAAGAAUCAGACUCCUCAAUAGUAUUUCAUUUUGAGCAACUACACAUGAAAGAAAGCAAUCCUAUAGGUAGUCUGGUGUUAUAACCCCAUAAUGGGUGUUACAACGUUGCUAGAGCAAGCUUGCUUUUCUCCAAAGAGGUGUGGGCAGGCAGCAUCUACAACAGUUGCAUUCUCUACGAGUUUCCAUUUUUAAGUAUAAAUAUUCAAGCAGAAAAGAGUGGACAUUAAAAGUAUUCUGAACCCACGGAGGUUUAGCUAAUACAUGGAAGAUGAAAUAAGGAAACAGACUGUUGCAAGCCUUAGCUUGCACUUCCUUUUCUGAAGGGGAAAAGGGCAUAUACUACAUAAUGAUCCAACACAGCUCAGCCUCACAUCAGUUCUCAUUGUCAUCAUGGGCAACUGGGUAGAGAACGAGGGACUCUCCAUAUUUGUCAUUUUGGUAUGGCUGGGUUUAAAUGUUUUCCUCUUUUGGUAUUACUACGUAGUAUAUGACACUGGGCCACAAUUCUACUAUACAAGAGAACUUCUUGGGCCUUACUUGGCAUUCGCCCGGGGACCUGCAGCAUGCCUGAAUUUCAACUGCCUAUUAAUUCUGCUUCCAGUCUGUCGAAAUCUGCUUUCCUUUCUCAGAGGCUCAAGUGCAUGUUGCUCAGUGCGUGUCAGAAGACAGUUGGACAGGAACCUCACAUUUCACAAACUGGUGGCCUGGAUGAUUGCACUACAUACCGCAAUCCAUACAAUUGCACAUCUAUUUAAUGUUGAAAGAUUGGUGGAUGCACGCACUGGUGAAAAUGGAACCAUUAAGGCCGCACUGUCUAAUCUGGGUGAUCAUCCAGGUGAAUCUUACCUGAAUUUUGCCCGAAAAAAACUUCCGAACCCUUUAGGUGGCCUCUAUGUGGCAUUUACAACCUUGGCUGGCCUCAGUGGUGUCAUCAUUACAUUGUGUCUAAUACUGAUUAUCACAUCAUCCACCAAAACCAUUCGCAGAUCGUACUUUGAAGUAUUCUGGUUUACUCAUCAUCUCUUUGUUAUUUUUUUUGCUGGUCUUGUCAUCCAUGGAUUUGGACAAAUUGUACGUGGGCAGACAAGGGUGAGCUUCUUGCAACAUAUCCCAAAAGUUUGUGAGAAAAAUUACACACUCUGGGGGGAAAUACCUUCAUGUCCUAAACCACAGUUUUCUGGAAACCCUCCCAUGACUUGGAAAUGGGUCAUUGGCCCUAUGAUUCUGUAUGUCUGCGAGAGACUAGUGCGGUUUUGGCGCUCACAACAAAAGGUGGUUAUUACAAAGGUUGUCACACAUCCUUUCCAAACCUUUGAGCUCCAGAUGAAAAAGAAGGGCUUUAAGAUGGAAGUUGGGCAGUACAUUUUUGUCAAAUGCCCUGCAGUGUCAGUACUGGAAUGGCAUCCUUUCACACUGACUUCUGCCCCUGAAGAAGAUUAUUUCAGCAUUCACAUACGUGUUGUAGGGGACUGGACAGAAGGCUUGUUUAAAGUUUGUGGCUGUGACAAACAAGAACUCCAAGAAGCUUGGAAACUGCCUAUGAUAGCUGUAGAUGGUCCCUUUGGUACUGCUAGUGAAGAUGUGUUCAGUUAUGAAACGGUGAUGCUCGUUGGAGCUGGCAUUGGGGUUACUCCCUUUGCAUCUAUCCUCAAAUCUGUGUGGUACAAGUACUGCAAUAAUGCCAUGGACCUAAGACUCAAAAAGAUCUAUUUUUAUUGGCUCUGCCGAGACACCCAUGCCUUUGAAUGGUUUGCUGAUCUCUUGCAGUCAGUGGAGACUCAGAUGCAGGAAAAGAAUAAAACAGACUUUCUCAGCUACAACAUCCAUCUUACUGGCUGGGAUGAAUCUCAGGCAACUCAUUUUACAAUGCAUCAUGAGGAGGAAAAAGAUGUGAUUACAGGCCUGAAACAGAAAACUCAGUAUGGAAGACCAAAUUGGGAAAAUGAGUUCAAAGCAAUUGCAGGCCAACAUCCAAGUUCCAGGGUUGGUGUUUUCCUGUGUGGACCUGAAGCCUUAGCUGAAACUCUAAAUAAGAUGUGCAUUAACAAUUCAGAUGCUGACCCAAGAGGCAUACACUUUAUAUUCAACAAAGAAAAUUUUUGAAGAUGUACUUACCAAUCUUAAGUUAGCCAUGGUGUAUUAUAUUUCAUUGGAAUUUUGCUAAAAGUUAUUAGAGGAAAAAUACACGGUCUUAAACUGAUCCUUUUUUUAAUCCCAUAGCAAGACUUUUUAAGAGGCUUAGGAUAUGUUAGCAUUGUCAAACACAGACUGAGUUUAUAUACUGUGUUAAAUCAUAAGGAGAGUUGUAUUGUUUUAGGUUAGUGUGUAAUCCAAAUAUAUUGUGGUUUGCAAACUAAGGUUUAUGGCAAGCUGGGCAAUGUGCAGAACAUGGGCCCUUUUGAGUCCGCCAGCACACCAAAAUCUGAUUUAGUUCCUCAUUCAAUCACAGAACCCAUUGGGUGAUUUUGAACCAAUCACUGUCUCUCAACUCCACCUGCCUUACAGGUUGUUACUGUACUGUUACUCAAACAAAGGACAGAGAGUGUAUACAAACAGCACUAAAACCAUAGAAAAACUGUAGCCCAAAUGCUCUAAGGUGCUCAACUGCAAUGCUUCACUCAUUAUAAAUCUCUUGAGAUUGCAUAAACAAAGUUUUUGCAAUCACCGCUUCAGGCACCUUUAUGUGUAUCUGAUGUGACUCUUAGAAUAGAAAUACGGCAACAGAAAGUGAGUGAGGACAUGAUUAUUGAUACCUUUGGCUUAAAUGCCAUUUCUUCCUGCCAGGACUGAUUCUAUUAGUCCUAGUAGACCAAUUUCAGUCUUCAUGGUGACAAACAAUGGUAGAGAAACUGACUCACUAUGCUCUACCAUGCAAACCACAUUCCAGUCCACAUUAGAACUUGCAUAACAUAUCCUAGAUGGGAAUCAAGCAGAUAUCUAGUUGUUCUGGUUUCUGCUGCCCAACAAAGAGCCAUUUUAGGGCUAGGUUUGAUAUCUCACCUUCCACACUUUUUAGUGGGAGAUUUACCAAAGCCCCUGUGUUUAAAAGAGCUUGUCCCUGCAGCAUGUGUUGUUGAGACCAUCCAAUAUGUGCUACUAUAUUGCUCUGAUUACCAGGGCAGUUGACAAAUGCUCAUUGUUCCUUUACUGACACAAUUAACUGGACAAAAUGAAAAUGUUCUUAACUGCCUUCUUCUUGUUUGAUAUUGUGCAAUGUUGCUAGUGUUGCCAAAUUUUGCAUAGCAGCAGUAAGAUUUGCAGACAUAUAACUAAUGGGACUGGAUAUGGGGAAACAAGUUGAAGGAUUUGGGGUUUUUUUUUACCAUUAUCAUUGACUGGAUAUUGUUUAAUUGUACAUUUGCCCUGAUUACUGUUCAAACAAAUUUGUUGCUGUUUGUACUAAUUUUAUGAACUCCUAGUAGUUUAUCAUAAAA